CAGUUGAGUUUGGAACGCGUAACCGUUAAAACGUUGAAAACGUCUACAGCGGACACUUAAUUAAGCAAUCGCCAACUGAAUUUGUAAUUUCAAAGCGCUAAGCUUAUUGUUUAUUCGCCGUUUUAUUGUCUGCAUUUAUUUUCUUAUUGUUUUUGUUGUUGUUGUUGCUGUUCUGUGUUCAAAAAACAAAAAUAUGCCUAAUCCGAGCCUGUUACUGAUCCUGCUGGCAUUCGUUGUCCAUGGACACGCCCUGGCUGUGGGCUCACCCGAGUGCCCGGAAAAGGAGGGCGUCCAGGCGUACGCGCAUACCGAGAGCUGUGAUCAAUUCUUUCUCUGCACCAAUGGCACGCUGACGCUGGAGACCUGCGAGAAUGGGCUGCUCUUCGAUGGCAAAGGCGCUGUGCACAAUCAUUGCAACUACAACUGGGCGGUGGACUGCAAGGGACGUCAGUGGGAUCCCACGCCCAUUUCGACGCCUGGCUGUGAGUAUCAGUUUGGCUUGUAUGCCGUCUCCAAGGAGUGCUCCACCACGUACAUCAAGUGCGCCCAUGGUGAGCCACAUGAGCAGGACUGCGAUACUGGCUUGGCCUAUGAUGAGCGCAUCCAUGGCUGCAACUGGCCCGAUCAGCUGCUGGACAACUGCAAUCCCGAGGCUGUUGUUGGCUUCAAGUGCCCAACCAAAGUGGAUCCCAAUUCGGUUGCCGCUCGCUUCUGGCCCUUCCCACGUUUCCCUGUCUCCGGCGAUUGCCAUCGUCUGAUUACCUGCGUCGAGGGCUAUCCACGUUUGAUUAGCUGCGGUGAGGACAAGGUCUUUGAUGAGAACACGCUCACCUGCGAGGAUCCAGAGUACGCCAGCGGCAGCUGUGCUCACUAGAGGCACUUGCUCUCUCUCUCUCUCUCUCAUACACACACAUAGCUAAAAGCUCCCAUUGUACAUAUGUAUGCAAAGCUGCUUGCGGCUCAAGCUCAAAGCCCAAGCUUGGCUUCAACUCUCUCUCUCUCUCUCUCUCUGUCUCUUUCUCUUUGAAACACUUUUCACUCUCAUUCUGUUUAACCCUUAGUUGCCGCUUUUUUCACUCUCUUUGUUUGUGGUUUUUUUUUGUUUUCAAAUUGAGCACUAAAUGCAAUAAACUUA